AUGCACGGGGCGCUAACGAUCGAUGGGGACGAGGCGCCGGAGAGGAGGAUGGAGCGGAUGAUAAGGGAGAGCCCGGUGGUGGUGUUCACCCGGCGGGGAUGCUACACGUGCGACGUGAUCCUGCGGCUGCUGGCGGUGGUGGGGACGCACGCGACGGUGAUCGUGCUUGAGGACGGGGAGGCGGGGCCAGCGGCUCUGCCCGCGCUCUUCAUCGGCGGCGCGGCCGUCGGCGGCUUCGAGGGGCUCGUGGCGCUCCACCUCGGCGGCCGCCUCGUGCCGCGCCUUCGAGAGGCCGGCGCCUGA